AUGGAGCCAAAAUGGCUGCUGUGUGUGACACUGCUGGCUCUUGGAACGCUCACUGUCCAGGCACUUGACAUGGAAGAUGACGAUGUUGAUGAUGUGGUUGAUAUUGAGGAUGACUUGGAUGAUACCAUUGAAGAGGUAGAAGAGUCACAGUCUGAAAGCAGCGCUCCUCCACCACCUCCAAAGGUUACCUACAGGGUGCCUGUCCCAACGGGUGAAGUUUAUUUUGCGGAAACCUUUGAUAAAGGAACUCUGGAUGGGUGGAUCCUUUCCAAAGCAAAGAAAGAUGAUACAGAUGAUGAGAUUGCCAAAUAUGAUGGUAAAUGGGAAGUCCAAGAUAUGAAGGACACGAGGCUUCCUGGAGACAAGGGGCUUGUACUGGUAACCCGAGCCAAACAUCAUGCAAUUUCAUCCAAACUUUCAAAGCCCUUUGUAUUUGAUACCAAACCCCUUAUUAUACAGUAUGAAGUAAACUUCCAAAAUGGAAUAGAGUGUGGUGGGGCCUAUGUGAAAUUGCUUUCGAAAACUCCUGAAUUGAACCUGGAUCAAUUCCACGACAAAACUCCGUACACUAUCAUGUUUGGCCCUGAUAAGUGUGGAGAGGACUACAAACUGCAUUUCAUCUUCCGGCACAAGAAUCCAAAGACUGGUAAAUACGAGGAGAAGCAUGCAAAGCGUCCGGAUGCAGACCUGAAGAACUACUUUACUGAUAAGAAGACCCACCUUUACACACUGGUCUUGAAUCCUGAUAAUAGUUUUGAAAUACUGGUUGAUCAAGUGGUUGUCAACAGUGGGAAUUUAUUAAAUGAUAUGUCCCCUCCUGUGAAUCCACCACGGGAGAUUGAAGACCCAAAUGACCAGAAGCCUGAGGACUGGGAUGAGAGACCAAAAAUUCCUGACCCAGAUGCUGUUAAACCAGAUGAUUGGGAUGAAGAUGCUCCUGCAAAGGUUCCUGAUGAAAAUGCUGUGAAACCAGAGGGUUGGCUGGAUGAUGAGCCAGAAUAUGUAGCAGACCCUGAUGCUGAGAAACCAGAGGAUUGGGAUGAGGAUAUGGAUGGUGAAUGGGAGGCACCUCAGAUUGCAAAUCCCAAAUGUGAGUCAGCCCCUGGCUGUGGUACCUGGCAACGACCUAUGAUCGACAAUCCCAACUACAAAGGCAAAUGGAAGCCUCCUAUGAUUGAUAAUGUGAACUAUCAGGGGAUAUGGAAACCCAGGAAGAUUCCAAAUCCGGAUUUCUUUGAAGAUUUGGAGCCUUUCAAGAUGACUCCCUUUAGUGCUGUGGGACUUGAGCUGUGGUCAAUGACUUCUGACAUAUUUUUUGACAAUUUUAUUAUCUGUACUGAGAGAACUGUGGCUGAUGAAUGGGCCAAUGAUGGAUGGGGACUGAAAAAGGCAGCUGAUGGUGCUGCUGAGCCUGGAGUUGUGGGCCAGAUGAUGGCAGCUGCUGAAGAACGUCCCUGGCUUUGGGUAGUCUACAUCCUCACUGUGGCUUUGCCAGUGUUCCUUGUUGUCCUUUUCUGCUGCUCUGGGAAGAAGCAGACAAGUGCUGCAGAGUACAAAAAGACAGAUGCUCCUCAACCUGAUGUGAUGAAUGAGGAGAAGGAGGAAGAAAAAGACAAGGGGGACAAAGAGGAGGAGGAAGAAGAAGAAACAAAUGAUGAAAAGCUAGAAGAGAAGCAGAAAAGUGAUGCUGAUAUAGGAAGUGCUAGUCAAGAGGAGGAGGAGGAAGAGGAGGAGGAGGAGGAAGACAGGAAACAUGCAUCAGAGGAGGAGGAGACUGUGAAUAGGUCACCCAGAAACAGAAAGCCAAGAAGAGAUUGAAAAAAAAAGAAAAAAAAAAAAGAAACAUCAUAAGAACUUGCUCUGUAAUUUUUUUCCAAACUCUGUUCUGAGAGAGGACCUUGGACACCUUACAUUGAAACUUGGACAGACCUCAAAAUCUCGCCAUCCACAGGUUCCAGUUACACUAUCCAAUGUAAUGGAGUGUCUAGCAGUAAAAUCUUUGCAAUCAUCUGUUUUAAAACAUCAUUCCUGUAGAAAGAAUGUGUUUAAUAUAACGGGCUGUGGAUUUUGGAAUGUAACAUAACUAACCUUUUUCAUUUUGGUUUUAAAUACUCUGUCUGUUUGUUUUUUAGUAGAUUAGUAGAACUUUGACAGUCUCAAACCAUGGCUUAAUUUAAUAUAUUAAUUAGUAAAAAAAUAACGAUGAAAAUCUUGAUGCUAGAUGUUAAAUGCAGUUUUAUAACUAGUUUGUUUUUUUUACAGACAUGUAAAUUCCUAAAUGCACCAGUGUCUUUAUAUCCCUUAAAAUUUGAUAAUUAUGCUCAAGGUGGUUGAUGUAGUUGACACUCCCUUUCCCCUCAAAGAGGAAAGGGGAAAAAAAAACCCAACCCUGAUGGGAUGUGUGGAAAAACUAGUAGCUAAACUUCAAAAUCCAACUCUGUUCUUCUGUGAGGGAGGGGAAGAGGAAGGGGUGGAAGGAAGGGGCUCGCUGGUCUUAUGGAAUAUGAGCAUUGUCCAUGACUAAAACCGACUUGGCGUUAAUAAAUGAUCUAGGAUUUGGAGUAGGUCAUGUUAAUGUGGCAUUUAAUCCCACAGAAAGUGGAUUUUGUUAGUCCUUCUCAAAAGCUGAAGGGUUAUUGGGAUAUUUAGACUCUUUUCCCUUUCCCCUCUGUUCCGUCUCUGAUGCUUUCCUUUCUCUGUGACUAUAUGGCUUUUCUUUUCCUGAGUGCAGCUUUGCCUCAAUUGCUGAGAAGUGCUUCAUCUACAGCUCAUUGUCAAACUUUUCAUAGCUAGGUCCACUCCUUCCAGGGUCCAAGCACUGGAUAGGACAGUGUCCCGUAUCCUCUCACUGCUAUCACUGUAUGUCUGCUCCUGUAGAAACAGGAGAGACAGAUACAUAAGUCAAAAUUAAUAUCUAAGAAAAAAAAUAAAAAUAAAAACAAAAAUGAGAUGUCAGUAUUUGUAGAUGGGGAAGGAGCAUGUGGAAUCUCUUUACUGGUAUGUGAAACUGUUCAAGUCUUUUUAUCUUCUAUUCAUGUAACAAAUGCAUCCUAAAUUAUAUUGUGAAUGUUAGGGAGUUCCAAUUCCAGAUGAAUAAAUUUUUUAAGUGUUGAGUCUAUAAUAUUACAUUACACGGUUUCAAACACUUUUUUUGGUGUGGAAUGCAGGUGAUCACUACAAGAGCAUACCUCUGAGGGUUAAAUCUCUGUAACUUCAUUACACUGUACCAAAUACGUUGCAGUUUGGAUGUCUAUAUAGAUAAGCUUUUGCUUUUGUUUAGAGUGAAUUAAAUGUCCUGAAAUUCUUCUUCUUGCACUGAAUAUGAACACUCCAGUGUUGUUUGGGGUAGGUCAUAGGUAUCAUGCGGGAAAUAACUCCCAGGGUGGGGAAGAAAGUGUUUCAAUUACUUUGCAGAAUAUCUAACAGAUUACUAAAAAGUUUUGGAUUUUUUUAUAGAACAUCUUUUGCUGCCUGUUCCUAUGUUAGCAGGAUUUCUUGCUCUUUCUGCAGUGUGCAAAUAAACCAUUGUAAGCAAGAUACUGGAAGUAAUUUCCAACUUGUGUUGGGAGCUUAAUGCAUGUUUAGAAUGCCUUUGCUUGUUGAACACCUGGUAGAUACUGCUCCUUACUGCCAAAAUAGCUUAUACUCUGACAUGGAAGAUGUCAUAGCCUAAGCAUUGCUACCAGCUUGUUCUCAGGACUGUAUUUUUAUCAAGGAGCAGCUGCUUUUUAUGACUCUCAGUCCUUUGAGAUGAAGUAAAUAUAAAUAGUUUCAAGCCAGCUAACAAUUCUGAGCACAACGUAAAGCUGUUAAUCUAAUCAGUAUUUUUGAUCUUAAUGCAAAUUGCCUUAAAUUCCUGGACAGUUCUUGUGCAUACAUGUUCUUUCAAAGCAUCAAAAAUGAAUUUAAGAUCUGCUAUCAGCUUUUAAGUAGUGUUAUAUUAAAGCUGACUUGUAAAAACUACAUUUGCUUCUGCUAGAUCACCUGAAAAGGUCUCCUGUCUGCAUGUUAUAGCUUUUUUUGAUACCUUAGUGUAUGCUUCUUGAGUAAUCACUACAAUAAAUUAAGACUUUCCAAAGCGGAUAGACAACUUAAAUGUUACUUCUUAUCCUGCAUUCUCACUUGGGGGUCUCAAUUCAAUGUUAAAAUGACUAUUUUGGGGUGUUUUUUUAGCUACUUUUUCCUCCAAGGCUAUUUACUACUACUGUAUGUUGCUCCUGUGAACUAGG